CUGCGGCGUCCGUGAGGAGGCGGCGCCGGGGUCGCAGAAAUUAUCCAGCCUGCCUGUACUGCUAGAUGGAUGGAAAACUGAUUUAAACAAAGCGUCAGCAGGGAUUGUCCCUGAUUUUUAUACUUCAUAGCUAAUUCUUCAGAUCUUUUACAUUCUCUCUUAAGGUAAAAACUGCAUUGAAGUUAGCAAAAAAUGAAGCAGUUGAAGAGAAAAAGGAAAAGCAAUUUCAGUGUCCAGGAGACCCAGACCCUCUUGAAAGAAAUUACGAAAAGGAAAGAAGUUAUUUUCUCCAAGCAGCUCAAUACAACAAUUAACGUGAUGAAACGAAUGGCCUGGGAGGAGAUUGCCCAGUGUGUGAACGCGGUGGGAGAAGGGGAACAGAGGACUGGGACAGAAGUGAAGAGGCGGUACUUGGAUUGGCGCGCGCUGAUGAAGAGGAAGAGGAUGAAGGCGAACAUUAAGCUGGUGGGCUCGGGUUUUCCCCUCCCCACGUCUGACUUAGAUGACUCUCUCACUGAAGAGAUAGAUGAGAAGAUUGGAUUCCGGAAUGAUGCGAAUUUUGAUUGGCAGAAUGUGACAGAUUUCAGGGAUGCUGGGGGGUCUUUGACAGAGGUCAAAGUAGAGGAAGAAGAAAGAGAUCCUCAGAGUCCUGAAUUUGAAAUUGAGGAAGAGGAGGAAAUGCUCUCAUCAGUCAUCCCGGACUCCAGGCGAGAAAAUGAACUUCCCGAUUUCCCCCACAUUGACGAGUUUUUCACACUUAACUCCACCCCAUCGAGGUCUGCCUACGAUGAGCCGCACUUGCUUGUCAACAUCGAGAAGCAGAAACUAGAGCUGGAGAAGCGGCGGCUGGACAUCGAGGCCGAGCGGCUGCAGGUGGAGAAGGAGCGACUGCAGAUUGAGAAGGAGCGGCUGCGCCACCUGGACCUGGAGCAGGAGCGGCUGCAGCUGGAGAAGGAGCGGCUGCAGAUCGAGAGGGAAAAGCUCCGGCUGCAGCUCGCUGCCACCGAAAAGCCGCCUGUAGACUCUGAACUUGGCCCCGGUGAGAAAUCGCUCCUUCAGCCGCAGGACGUGGAGGCCGAGAAGUUGAAACUGGAGCGGGAGCGCUUGCAGCUGGAGAAGGACAGGCUCCAGUUCCUCAAGUUCGAGUCUGAGAAGCUGCAGAUCGAGAAGGAGCGCUUGCAGGUGGAGAAAGAGAGACUCCGGAUCCAGAAGGAAGGGCACCUGCAGUGACUUCCCGCAGCCUCCUUUUGGCACAGGUGUUUAGACCACCAGCUUUUCGCUGUAGCCAUGUAUCUUCAAACUGGCUGCUGGAUGAGCUCCCUCCUCCCUGUCUCUGUCUAAUGUAAUGUCAGUGUUUUACAUAGGAGAAAGGUAGUUAAAUGUGAGUAACUGUAUACAUAAGUAGCCUAUUACAUAAAACUGUGCCCUAGCAUAGAUGGUAUAGCAAACUCUUGCUGUACUGCUUAAAUUAGUACUAUAGUCUUGUGGAACCUGUGCACUCAGUUUACAACGAUGUCUAGAAUUGAAACAAAAAUAAACAAACAAAAAAACCCCCACAAAAUAGCAAAACUUGCUCAAUGUUUCUGGGGGUGAUUGUUUUUUAACCCCCAGAAGACAGUGGUUAAUGUCUGGAGACAUUUUUGAUUGUCCAAACUGGGAAGCAGGUGAGUUGUUAACGAGUGGAUAGAGGCCAGAUCUAGUACACCCAGGAGUGCACAGAUGAGCCCCCACAUGAAGUCCACAGUUCCCAGUGUCAGAACGGCUGACAUGGGGAACCUUACCCUGUCUACACCACUUGCUUCAUAGUUUCAGAACAUUAAACCUCAUAUUUAUAUGUGGGUUAUGUGAAUGGCCAAAAAAUGUCAACUAGGAAACCUGUUGUAGCAAAUAAUCAAGAAGGUAGUGAAAGGUAGUGGUAUUUUAUUCCAAGGUUUCCAGUAACAUGAUUCAGAAAAUUGCUGGAAAUGUUGGUUGGUCUGAAAUGGAUUGCCUUGAAAAGCAGUUCUUUUAGCAAGUAAACAUUUUGAAGCAAUGUACAAUUUUUAAGUUUUAGUUCCCUUUCUUUUUUGAAUUCAUUGUCUUAGUUUUGUCUUAGUUGAGACAGGAAUCUUCAUUUCAACCAUGUACUGAAAUAUUUGAGUGCAUGGCUAAAGCUACACAAAUAAUACUAAUAUCAAAAUGGCAUCCAUAGUUCAGGAGCUCUGACCAGAGUGGUUAUUUGGUUUUUAAAACAAACACUAGCUUUGUGGGAGUGGGGAGGGGUAGAAUGUCAUCUAUCAGAUGAUGACAAUGCGCUAAUGAUAGUUGUGAAUUAUGAAUUAGGGAAGCACUUACCACACACUGUCCGCACAAAUCUAGAGCAAUUCUGAAGACUAGUAUGGAUGAUGAUUCCUGAAUCUGAGCUUCAGAGAAGUCACCAUUAGUAAUUGAUCUAUCUCCUCUUAUCAUGGCUUAUUUUGUCUUUGCUCCCUUGAGAAAGUUUUAAUUUUCCAUCUCUUUUGUAUGUCUUGAUUUGCCUUCGCUCUGGAAGGAUCUUUGCCCACAGUAAGGUGAUUCUAAACUAAAAGACUCACUGCACGAGAUCACUUUGUAUCUUCUCAUUUCCAGGGCUGAUAACGUAGCUUUAAUACAUUUAUUGAAUGAUACUACCUUGAUUCUGCAUUUGUUUUUAAUUUGAAAAUAUCUUAAAUCCGUGUGUGUUAUUUGAGGAUGGGCAUACAAGGAGAAAGGAUAUUUCUGCUUAGUUAUCUUGACUUGAAUACCUUGAAUAGUGUUAUUUUUCUAUAACUGAAAUAAAUGCUUCUACUGUAGAAAGAAA